ACAUGAAACGUGAUUGAGUGAGAGAGAGAUUUUCCUUGGGACCAAGUCAGACCCAACUCUCUAAGGAAGGACAGGCAGAAAAAAAACACUGACAGCGGGUUCAUCUGACGCUCGGUUCGGGCACCCUCGGGCACCCCUAUUCCCUUGAGCUUGAUCCUUGAGGUCUCAUCAGCCACCUCUUUGUCCUCGAUCAUGGGUCAAGGUCAAAGUAAUCCCCGGAAGAUCACCGUCAUCAACGACGAAGCGCCCGGCGUCAUCAAGAUCUCGGAUUCGGUGGUGCAGAGGAUCAAAGACGAAGUAGCGGGUCAGAAGGACCAGCCUGGUCCUGCCCCUGCCCCAACGGGCAAUGAAGCGCCCACUUCAAAUUCAGAACCUGCUCCUCCGCCUGAACCCGCGAAUUCCCCCUCUCCGCCAGCCGCUGCCCAAUAUCAUCCUCCUCCCCCACAAUAUCCCAAUGGUUCGUCCCCCACGAGUGCCGGUCCUUACGUGCAAUACGUGAGUGAACCGAGUUUGAGUGCUCUGAAAGUCAGGGCCGAAAAGGAGGAGGAAUUGCGACAAGUAGAGGAAUAUUGGCAGAGUCGACUCCAGGAGACCCGGAAUCAUCAACUCAAAGCCACGGCCAUCAAUGAGGAGAGCCUACAUAAUACGAUCGCCGCCGUGGAGAAGCUCUUUUUGAAGGGUCGACAAGCACCCAUUUGUCAAGAACCUAAACAUGCCGUGCUCCAAUGUUACAAGCAGAAUCCGAAGCAGUCUUUGAAUUGCGCGCAAGAGGUCAAAAGUUUCGCUCAGUGCAUCGAAUCCGCACGGUUGAACUCCUUGAAUCGGAAUGGCUAACAUAAUCACCAUGAAGUCAGGCCAUCGCCAGAAAUUAGUUUCCACUCUCUGGGGAUCACGAUGAAUCCCGACGAAGACGAGUCCACUAGAUCGUUAUAGCAAGGAAGCCUAUAUGGUAAAAACAAUAAAAAGCAUUCGUUUCCUUCCUCA